CGUUCCUCUGCUGAGGGGAAGGGGAGUAAGGAGAAAACAAAGGCGAGCGAGUGAGCCAGCCAGCCCGCCCGAGCGAGUGAGCAAGUAAGCGAGCACACUCUCGCACACCAGCACCCUCCCUGUGCCUACCCAGCAUGUGUCAGUCAGAGAAGCAGCCAGGACCAGAGCUCCAAGCAGCAGCGAAAUGGUUGCACUUCCCCCAGCUGGCCCUACGGCGGAGGCUAGGCCAGCUGAGCUGCAUGUCUAGACCUGCUCUGAAACUGCGCUCCUGGCCCCUGACCAUCCUCCACUAUCUCCUGCCCUUCGGUGCCCUCAGACCCCUCAGCCGGGUGGGAUGGAGGCCCAUGAGCAGGGUGUCCCUGUAUAAGUCCGUGCCAACGCGUUUGCUGUCACGUGCCUGUGGUCGCCUCAAUCAGGUGGAACUUCCUUACUGGCUCCGGAGGCCAGUCUACAGCCUGUAUAUCUGGACCUUCGGGGUGAACAUGACAGAGGCUGCAGUGGAGGACCUGCAACACUACCGAAACCUCAGCGAGUUCUUCCGGCGUAAGCUGAAGCCUCAGGCGCGGCCUGUCUGCGGCUUGCACUGCGUGACCAGCCCAUCCGAUGGCAAAAUCCUCACCUUUGGGCAGGUGAAGAACUCUGAGGUGGAGCAGGUAAAGGGCGUAACCUACUCCUUGGAGUCGUUCCUGGGCCCUCGAGCCUGUACAGAGGACCUGCCCUUCUCUCCAGCUUCCUCCUGCGACUCCUUCAGAAACCAGCUGGUCACCCGGGAAGGGAAUGAGCUCUACCACUGUGUCAUCUACCUGGCCCCAGGAGACUACCACUGCUUCCACUCCCCGACUGACUGGACUGUCUCACAUCGGCGCCACUUCCCAGGUUCCCUGAUGUCAGUGAACCCUGGCAUGGCCCGAUGGAUCAAAGAGCUCUUCUGUCACAACGAGCGUGUAGUCCUAACUGGAGACUGGAAACAUGGGUUCUUCUCGUUGACAGCAGUGGGAGCCACCAACGUGGGCUCUAUCCGCAUCCACUUCGACCGAGACCUGCACACAAACAGCCCCAGGUACAGCAAGGGCUCCUACAAUGAUCUGAGCUUCGCAACUCAUGCCAACAAGGAGGGCAUUCCCAUGCGCAAGGGCGAGCCCCUUGGGGAGUUCAACCUGGGCUCCACCAUUGUGCUCAUCUUUGAGGCGCCCAAGGACUUCAACUUCAGGCUGAAGGCCGGGCAGAAGAUCCGCUUUGGGGAAGCACUGGGCUCCCUCUAGUCCUCUUGGUGUGGCUGCCAAGGGAUCUUCCCGCACAGGAGCAUGAGGGUCUUCAGCGGAGCCCCAGGCUGUCUGGGUGAGGAGUACUGUGGGGUUGACCUUACAGGACCUGAAUGAUGUGCUCCUGCCUGUCCAGAGGUGCAGAGGAGAGGUUCUGGGUCUCUUGGGACCUAGGCCCCUUUUCAGAGAGUGGGUGGGUGUGAUGUGACCCCCAAAUCACUUUGAGGGGUGUUCUAAAAUUUUGUGCAAGGCAGACUCCCCACCCCCAAUUCCUGGCUGUGCAUUGUGAGAACGGUUGUGUACUGCCACACCCUCUAGCUGCGCCCCACCUGUCACAGGGUGAGGUACCUCCUGGGCACAGACUGUGGAUUUACUGUCUUCCUAGAGCAGGCCGCAUGGCCUUCAUAACUGCUUUCUGUUCCCAAAAUUUCACCUGUCUGCUUGCUGGAAAAGUAAAAUCAUUUAUACACUGCUGAGUGUGUUGUCCUGGACUCUGCCAGUGUCUUCUGAGGACAACGACUAAUGAUGUAGACCUCUGUGGGCUCUAAGAAACUGGCCGAAUCCUUUUGCUGGACUUGCCUGGUGGGGUCCAGAGGGGAAGUGGAGGGCAUGCUGCUAUUGGUCUAGGGACUGUUGGGGGCAGAGGGUGUGGUCAGUGCCUAGAAGACAGGUGUGCAGACCAUGGGGAGCCCAGUACUAGGGACAAGACCAGAGCUCAUGUUGAUCUUGGGAAUGCCAUGAAUUUCUCUUGCAGGAGAAAUCAUUUAACUUUUUCAACUGUAUCAGUAGUACAGUAUUUUGUAUGAAAAGUAGGAGACGUCUCAACAGUAAUUCAUUUAAUUGCAAGACAUUUUAAAAUUAAAAAACAAAACAAAAACUG